CUAACCAAUCAAUUCUAAUUCUCUGGUUUAGCUUUUACGGAACAGUGGAAAAGAACCCAGGAAGAAAACGACGACGAACAUAGGCUGCUAAAGUCCUUCUGGCGGCUGCGAAAGCGAAGAACGUGGGCGAGAUAAACGAAAAGGCCUGUGUCAUCAUCUAGAAGAAGGUCUAUGUCCUCAUCCACAAAGGCAUGUGGCAGUGGCUCAAUCCAUUUGGGAACAACUUCGCCUCAAUCCAAAUUGGGGCUCACAAGAAUAAUGGUGCAUCUUACAAAAGAUGGCCCGAAUCAUUAAACCCGUCGUACUGCAUGGGCUGCACAAUGGACCUAAGGACUUAUCUUGGCAGAAAUGGUCUUGCUUUGCUUUGCUUUGCUUUGGGAGUCUGUUUAACUGCAUCUGUAGGGUUGAGGGGUGAAGCAUCUAACUUAGUUUCACCAAAUGGAAUUUCAUCUGUUGGUUGGGUUGAAGGUAUCGUGUUUCUCGGUCCUGGCUGAAACAGACAGACAAGCUGAUGACGGUUUUUGAGGAGAUAGGUGGAUAUCUAUAUUUAGGGUAAUAAUGUUAGACUAGUUGAAUUCAUUUCGUAUAUCCAUCUACCAUUUUCUUCCUCUUAUUGGAUUAUUGUAUAUAGUUUGGUCAUAUAAUGCACAUGAAUGAUAUAGUUGGAAUAAGAUUAUUUAAGUGCAUCAAACAGAAUCACAAUCCAAAUUCACGAUUCAUAUGGAAGAGUGUGGUUUAAUUAUCAAUCAUGCACAUAAUAAUGACCACUUGGG